CAACAUAAGAUCCUCGUCCUAGUCUCCCGCAUCGACAAGAGACUUCUAAAUCAAUGCAACAAGGCAUUAGUCGUGUGUUAACAAUGAUUUAUUAGCAAAAUACCGCACUUAUCUGGCCUUCACACUUACGAUGCUCGCUGCAGCAUGACUCUUCAAGGCAACUGGAAGAAGUUUUGUUUAUUGUUGACGUUCUGUGCGUUGACAUUCUUGAUAUCUGUGUUGUAUUUAUGCAGCAACUCAUCAUGCGACAUCGCAACGCUGGCUCCAAAUAAACUCAGGUAUUUGAGCGAAGGGAAUCCACAAAAGAUGCACCGAAUAAGAUUUGGGUUCACUAUUAAGGAAUCCAUCAAGAAAUACCAGUUUGACUUUGCUGGAACCGAUGUGAUGGUUUUUCUCCAUAUCCAAAAGACUGGCGGAACGACGUUCGGGAAGCAUUUGGUCACGAACUUGCAGAUUCGAAAGCCAUGUGACUGCUCGAAGAAAAAAGGGAAAAAAUUUCGCUGUACUUGUAAUCGUCCAAAUUCCAAGAAGAUUUGGUUGUUUGCUCGUUAUGCUUUGGGUUGGCCGUGUGGGUUACAUGCCGAUUAUACGGAACUUACCGAAUGUGUGCCCAAAUUUAUGAACAAGCGUGAUGGUCGCGAGAAACGACGCUUCCUUUACGUUACCAUGCUCCGAGAGCCGAUGGCUCGCGUUAUAAGCGAAUUUCUGUGCUAUACUAGAGGAACUACUUGGGCAGAAUCCAAGCACAAAUGCAAGGGCAAAGUCCCUACAAAGGAAGAACUGCCACCAUGCUAUACUGGGGAUAACUGGAUGGAUGUUACACUAGAGGGAUUUAAUAAAUGCUCUAGUAAUCUUGCAUUCAAUAGACAGGCAAGAAUGCUUGCUGAUUUGAAACUUGUCAAUUGUUAUAAUAGAACAAACGGCCCCUCGCCUAGAAAGCGAGGGAAAAUAAUAUUAAAAAGUGCUAUGAAGAAUCUAAGGAAUAUGGCAUAUUUCGGUCUUGCAGAAUACCAGAAAGAAAGCCAGUACUUAUUUGAGAAGACAUUUGGGAUUAAAUUCAUGAAACCUUUUCAACAAAAGGCUGAGGAGGAAACCCGAUCUGCUGAUGCUAUGAAAAGUAUGACUCAGAUUGAAAAACGCCGCACUAAAUCACUGAAUAGCCUAGAUAUAAGACUUUAUGACUAUGCAAAAGCGCUAUUUUUCUACCGUGUUAGGUAUUUCCAAAAGGAGGAAAAAAGGGGUGAGAAACAAAUUUUCAAUUCAUCGUAAUUUAUUCUCCCUUGUUAUGUUUCUUAGUGUGAACUGGGGGUAUAAGUUUCAAUUUCCAAUGUACUUAUGAAUGGCUACGAGAUAGCAAAUUCAUUCUACAAAACCCACAGCAUGAAAUGUAUGGCUCCCUUUAGCCCCGUGUGGUUAAAUUGAAGUUGUAGUGGUUUUUAUUGUCGAAAAAACAAUUUAAUGAUUACCAUCAUAUUAUUACUGGGUAAUUUGAUAUUUUUCGAUAUAACCCCAAAAUACAAAAUACACCCCAAAAAUAAGCACAAGUUUCUGUGGGAAAAUACUUAGUCUGCUAUAGCAUUCUAUAUUUUUCCUCAAAGUGUGUAUGUGUAAUGUUAUGGUUUAAUCUAUAAAUCUCGAAACAUACAAAAUGCAUUAAACAUUUAUCUGUUGUUAUGGGCAUAGACCAGAAAGUAAUAUAAACAUGAUUGUAGCAGCUGUUAGAAAUAAGAAAAUUGACAAAUCGUAUCAUCUUAUGCAUACUAUCUAACGUAUGAAAUAAUUUUUAUAUGCAACCAUUUAAAUAAAAUAAAAAAAGUAAUGUAAUUAAGAUUUUCUUUAUUUAUAAAUGCAUUUGACCAUUUAAGUUUGACAGUUAAAUAAAGGCAUACCUAUGCAUGACUUUGAGAGAUGCUUCUCACUGAGUGUAAAGAAAAUUGGAAACUUGGCUUGAAUGAAUCUAUAAUUAUAUUUUAUUUGCAUAAA